AUGGAUAAAAUCAAAGUUGAUGAAAUAUUAACCGAAGAAGAAAAAAGAUCAUGUAAAGAAUCGUUUGAUGCUUAUGAUAAAAUAGGUUACGGUACUUUAGAAGCCGAAGAAUUACAAAAAGUAUUAGAAGAAUUAGGGGAAAAACCCACAAACGAAGAAUUAUAUAAAAUGAUAAGCGAAGUCGAUAAAACGAACAAAGGUUACAUAGUGGAAGCAUUUAUUGCCAUGGGAGGAUAUACAGACAAAAGUGGUAAUGUAGACACUGCUAAAUUAAUUUAAAUUGUUAGAGAUGAGUUUAAUAUGACAAUUGAUAUUGAAAGACUUAUUCAUGAAAUAGAUCAUGAUAAAAGUGGGUCUAUAUCUUAUGAUGAAUUUAAAGCCUUACUUUCUAAAUGA